AGAUCCACAUAUAUUCCGCAAGUGUGUGCUCAGAAACUCAUUGUUUCUUUCACUGUUAUUUACUUAUUUGUCAUUGAUAUUCAAGAAAACUUUUAUCUAGAUUCUAACAGAAAUGGUUUCUAGCAACAACAAAGAGGUCGUCUCGGAGCUCUCACCCAUCCUCAGGGUCUACAAAGACGGCACGGUGGAACGGUUCUUCAAUUCACCGCACGCUCCGCCAUCACCCCUAGGCAACACUACUGGCGUUCUGUCGAAAGAUAUCGCCAUAACACCCGAUAUCUCAGCUCGAUUAUACCUCCCUAAACUCGCAUCUUCAGCCAACGAAAAACUCCCGAUUUUAGUCUACUUUCACGGAGGAGGCUUUUGCAUCGAAUCGCCUUUUUCGAUACUCUGUCACCGAUACAUAAAUUCCAUAGUUUCGCAAUCAAAUGUUAUCGCGGUCUCGGUUGAUUACAGGUUAGCUCCAGAGCAUCCUUUGCCUAUAGCUUAUCAAGACAGCUGGGCUGCUCUGCAAUGGGUCGCAUCUCAUAAUACCACCACCAAGACCACCAAAAAGGAUCCUUGGUUGAUUCGUCACGGUGAUUUUAAUCGAGUUUAUUUAGGCGGCGAUAGCUCGGGUGCUAAUAUAGCUCAUAACAUGGCCAUGCAGGCCGGUAUCGAAACAUUGCAUGGUGACAUGAAGAUUUACGGUUUAGUUCUGUGUCAGCCUUAUUUCUGCGGUUCAAAAUUAUUUGGAAACGAGAGUUUGGUCGAAAAAAGAUUAUUACACGAGACAUGGAUGUUUGUGUAUCCUGAUGCGAAGGGAGGGAUUGAUAAUCCCAUGAUUAAUCCGUUUGCUUAUGGUUCUCCGAGGUUGUCUCAGAUUCAAUGUCACAGGUUGUUUGUCUGUGUGGCGUCGAAGGAUGAACUGAGGGAAAGAGGAGUUUACUAUUGUAAUGCAGUGAAAGAAAGUGGAUGGAAAGGGGAAGUGGACUUGUAUGAAGUGGAAGGUGAGGGCCAUGCCUUUCAUUUUUUUGACUUUGACGGCGAGAAAGCACAAGACAUGGUCAAACGUUUGGCGGCUUUUCUUUGUUAGUUUUGGUCAUUCUAUGUUUUGUGAUUUUGUGUUUAUCUUCUUUUGAAGGGAUUUUGUAAUUUUGUGUUUAUGUGAAUGCUUAGGGCUCAUUUGUUUACUUCUGAUUAAUGCUUAAUGAAUAAUCUGCUGACCGCAUCAGCCAUUCAGCUUA